AUGAAGUUUGGGAAAGAGUUUGUUGCGCAGAUGAUUCCAGAAUGGCAACAAGCUUACAUGGAUUAUGCUUGUCUCAAAACCAUUCUACAAGAAAUCCAAACUUCACGGAAAAGAUCAGGGGGAUCAGCAGGCGCCUUGAGACGCAAGCAAGUACCCGGCCGCAACUUCAGCGGUUUGACAAAGCGGUACAGCCGCACCGCUUCGGCUCAGGAUCUCGAAAACCAAGACAUUAUGGUGAACGAAACGACUGGUGAGGAUGGGUUUGAGAGAUACGAGACGACAAUCAUGAGAAUUUCGGAAGCAGGAAGAGAGUCAGAGCUUGUGUUCUUUAAAACCCUAGAUCUAGAAUUCGAUAAAGUAAACCGUUUUUACCGGUCUAAAGUGGAGGAAAUGGUGAAAGAGGCAGUGGUUUUGAACAAACAAAUGGAUGUUCUGAUUGCUUUCAGAAUCAAAGUAGAUCAACCUUCCUCUUCUUGGAGCUGCACUGAAACAGUAUCAGUCGAUGUGAAUGCCUUGGAUUCUACGGAACACAGGAAGACAUUAGCUGAAGAAAUGGGAAUCAAAUUAGAGGAAAAAAAUCGAUCCAGCGGUGGAGAUUCAACGAACGAAAGUGUACCAGAGGCGUCAAGUGUUCUUGACCGUAUCAGAUUAAACAAAACUAAGGAAAGUCCUAUUUCCACAAUUAGAAACUUCCUCAAGCUCUCUAACCAUGAAGAGCUCAAAUUCACAAGAGAGAAUCUCAAGAAGAUAGAAGAAAGGCUUGAGAUUGCCUUCAUCGAGUUUUAUCGCAAGCUUCGACAUCUCAAGAAUUACAGCUACUUGAACACCUUGGCGAUUUCAAAGAUCAUGAAGAAGUAUGAUAAGAUUGCUUCAAGAAGUGCAUUAAAACCAUACAUGGAGAUGGUAGAUAAGUCCUACCUCACUAGCUCUGAUGAGAUCAACAAGCUUAGGAUGAGAGUUGAGUCUAAUUUUGUCGAGCAUUUCGCCAACUCGAAUCGAAGCAAAGGAAUGAAUCUUUUAAGACCUAAAGUGAAGAAAGAAAAACAUCGAAUAACAUUUUCCACUGGCUUUUUCGUCGGCUGCACAGUCUCUCUGGUGAUUGCUCUUUGCUUAUUCACACAUGCUCGUAAUAUAAUAGGCGCAAACGGACAUAAACUCUACAUGGUGACAAUGUUCCCUCUUUACAGCUUUUUUGGAUUUGUGGUUCUGCACAUGAUCAUGUAUGCAUCAAACAUAUACUUUUGGAAGCGAUAUCGAGUGAAUUACUCGUUUAUAUUCGGAUUCAAAGAAGGAACAGAGCUUGGCUACAGACAUGUUUUGCUUCUAAGCUUUGGUCUCGGCACGCUUGCUCUUUGCGCUGUUCUAGUAAACCUUGACAUGGAGAUGGAUCCUAACACUAAUGACUACAAGGCCGUCACUGAACUCCUUCCCCUUUUUAUUAUAGCUCUAGUGGUAGCUAUUUCUGUCUGUCCUUUCAACAUUUUUUAUCGGUCAAGCCGCUUCUUCUUCCUCAUGGUUUUAUUUCGCUGCAUCGCUGCACCUCUCUAUGCGGUUAACCUUCCAGAUUUUUUCUUAGCAGACCAAUUGACAAGCCAGGUUCAAGCACUGAGGAGUUUGGAGUUCUACAUCUGUUACUAUGGUUGGGGUGACUUCAAGCUGAGACAGAACACUUGCAGAUCAAGCCAUGUAUACAACACAUUCUACUUUAUCGUCGCUGUGAUUCCUUACUGGUUGCGUUUCCUUCAGUGUGUUCGAAGGUUUUUUGAAGGGAAAGAUUCAAGCCAGGGCUACAAUGCUCUAAAGUAUUUAUUGACCAUUGUCGCUGUGUGCUUGAGAACAGCUUAUAGCCUUAACAGAGGAAACAUCUGGAAAAUCACUGCCUGGAUUUUCUCGGCGUUGGCAACUUUUUACGGCACAUAUUGGGACAUUGUUUUUGACUGGGGAUUGCUUCACAGACCAUCUAAAGGUUGGUUGAGAGAGAAGCUUCUUGUUCCUAACAAAGCCGUCUACUACGUUGCAAUGGUCUUAAACAUUGUGUUGCGGCUGGCGUGGUUGCAGACAGUGCUGGAUUUUAAUAUCUCGUUCCUACAUCGAGAAACUAUGAUUGCUCUUCUUGCUGGUCUAGAGAUUAUACGUCGUGGUAUCUGGAAUUUCUUCAGGUUAGAGAACGAGCAUUUGAACAACGUGGGAAAGUUCAGAGCAUUCAAAUCAGUUCCGUUACCAUUCAACUAUGAUGAAGAGGAUAGUCAAGAUAGUUAG